AUGCUUUCCAACGAGAUUCUUCCGCUACUUGUGCAGUACUGGCCGCUCGUUCUCAUUUCGAUUACUCUUGCAUACUUACUCAGCAACAAGUACUGGAAAGGGUUGAACAAGUAUCCUGGACACUGGGCUGCAGGAUAUACCAACUGGUGGCGACUAUGGGAUGUCAGCAAACACAACCAUCAUUGGACUCAAAUUGCGCUACACCGUAAACAUGGCGAUGUUGUACGGCUCGGCCCGAACGUGCUCUCCUUUGCAGACCCGAGGGCCAUCAAGGCCAUCUACGGUUUAAACAAGGGAGUUUACAAGUCUGACUUUUACCCCGUUCAAGGCGCAGUAUCCAAUGGCGCACCACUUCUCUCCCUCUUCUCUACUACGGACGAAGACUUCCACGCAAAAUACCGCCGAUGCGUCAACAACGCGUUUGCCAUGAGCUCGCUCGUCAACUACGAGCCCCUUGUCAGCUCAACUCUCACAUAUUGGCUUGACAAGACCGAGGAAAUGUUUGCGAACACUGGAAAGAGCUGCAACUUCAGUCAAUGGCUGCAGUUCUUCGCCUUUGAUGUCAUUGGUGACUUGACAUGGAGCAAGCGUCUGGGAUUUGUAGAGGGAAACAAGGAUGUGGAUAACAUCAUUGAGUUCCUGGGCAAAUUCUUCGACUACGUCGCACCUGUUGGCCAGAUACCCAUCCUCGACCGCUUACUUUGGAAGAACCCCAUCAGUCUCUUUGCGCAACGCAUUGGCCUAGAUAAGCGCGUCCACCCUGUAACACUUUUCGCAAAGGAGCGUACAAAGGAGCGUGCCACCCAGGUUGAAAAGAUUAAGCGCUUUGGCCUUUCGGACGACGAAAGAGCCAACCCUCGCGGUAUUGAUCUGCUUGCCAAGUUUGCCCAAGCGAGCCACGACCACGAGUUCAUGGACGACAACCGAAUUCUCUCUACAUGCGCAUCCAUGGUCUUUGCCGGCUCGGAAACCACCGCCAUAUCUCUAUCAGCUGUCUUUUACUUCCUGGUCAAGCACCCACGUGUCUAUGCAAAGCUCAUGCAAGAACUUGACAACGCUGUUGCGGAUGGAGUCGUUGAAUCCCGCCCUGACAAAACCGUUUCAUGGACCGAAGCUCAGAAGUUGCCCUACCUUGACGCAGUUGUGCAAGAAUCCUUCCGUCUCCACCCUGCGCCUGGCCUUAUCUUGGAGCGCGUUGUACCUCAACAGGGCAUGACCAUCAACGGCGACUUCAUCCCCGGUGGCACAAUUGUCGGCUGCAAUGCUUGGGUCGUUCAUCGUCGACCAGAAGUUUUUGGAUUCGAUGUCGACUCGUUCAGGCCUGAGCGAUGGAUCGAAGCCUCCCCAGAGAAGCUCAAGGAAAUGAAGGGUACCAUGUUGCAGUUUGGUGCUGGAGCGCGCACGUGCAUUGGCAAGAACAUCAGUCUAUUGGAGAUUUACAAGCUUGUGCCGAGCUUCUUAAGGCGGUUCGAGAUCCAGCUUGAACACCCAGAUGCCGAGUGGAAGACACACAAUGCGUGGUUCGUGACGCAAAAGGGGUUCAACACGAUGUUCAGGCCACGAAGAGCGUCACCUUGA